UGCUGGGCUAAUCUCACGCUGCAUGAUCAGUUGAUCACCCAUCAGAUCAAAUCAUUGGGCGGACGGUAGAGAGAUGGAUAGAUAAAUCCAUAUCAUAAAAGCAAAACGAUUGCUAAAAGGAGACAGAUCGUUCAAUCACAAAGCUAAAAGAGAAAAAAAUCACUCACCUUUUAGAUCAAAGCAGAGGGAGGGAGAGACGGAGUGAGUGGCUAUGGCGAAGAAGGCUGUGCUGAUCGGGAUCAAUUAUCCAGGAACCAAGGCGGAGCUCAGAGGUUGCAUCAACGAUGUAUGGAGGAUGCACAAGUGCCUGAUCCAGCGAUACGGUUUCUCCGAGAACGACAUCACCGUCUUGAUCGACACCGAUGACUCUUUCACCCAGCCCACCGGAAAGAACAUCCGAUCGGCUCUCACGAGGCUCGUGCGCUCCGCUGAGCCAGGAGACGUCCUGUUCGUGCACUACAGCGGUCACGGUACGCGCCUCCCCGCCGAGACCGGCGAGGACGACGACACUGGCUACGACGAGUGCAUUGUUCCGUGCGACAUGAAUCUGAUCACUGAUGAUGAUUUCAAGGAAUUUGUGGACAAGGUGCCUAGAGGCUGUAAGCUCACAAUUGUAUCAGAUUCUUGCCACAGUGGUGGCCUCAUUGAAGAAACCAAGGAACAGAUAGGAGAAAGCACAGGAGGGGGAGAAGGUGAGCAUGAUUCAGGCUCAGGUUUUGGGUUCAGAAGCUUUGUUAAACAAAAAGUGGAAGAUGCCAUUGAGUCUCGUGGCAUUCACAUCCCUUCAGCACUACGGCACCACCUCAGGAACGGAGAUGAUGAGGAAGAAAGAGAUUUUGUAGUUUCACGUGAGAGUGAUUAUGGCUACGUGAAGAGUAGGUCUCUCCCUCUCUCAACUCUCGUUGACAUCCUGAAGCAGAAAACUGGGAAAGAUGAUAUAGCUGUGGGGAAGCUGAGACCUGCUCUGUUCGAUGCGUUUGGGGAAGAUGCUAGCCCGAAAGUGAAGAAAUUCAUGAACAUUGUGUUUACCAAACUCCAACAUGGUAGUGCUGAAGGUGAACAGGGUGGUGGGAUUAUGGGCAUGGUGGGUAGUCUUGCCCAGGAAUUUCUCAAACAAAACCUGAAUGAAAAUGAUGAGGGAUAUGCGAAACCUGCCUUGGAGACACGUGUGGAAAGCAAGCACGAGGUGUAUGCUGGAUCUUCUAGUCGCCGCCUUCCGGCUGGUGGAAUUCUUAUGAGCGGUUGCCAGUCUGACCAAACUUCUGCAGAUGCAAGCCCUUCUGGAGAUUCUGAUAAAGCUUAUGGAGCUUUUAGCAAUGCCAUUCAGGCUAUAAUAGAGGAUACUGAUGGUGCUGUCACUUACCAUGAGCUUGUGACAAAGGCUAGGGAGAUACUGGAGAGGCAGGGCUUCACUCAGAAACCUGGACUCUAUUGCGGUGACCACGAUGUUGAUGCUCCUUUUGUGUGCUGACAUAAUUUUACAGUGCAAAGAAAUAGAGAUACAUAAUAAGGUGUGUGUUUUUGUGUGUGUGUGUGUUUUUUUUUUUUUUUAGUGUUUUUGAAUGUGCUCAUGUAUUGAGUCUGGGACAAUAAGUCAUCCACAAGGGAAUAUUUACUUCAUAUAUAUCAUUUCAAUGCUAAUGUAUUGUGAUUGAUACAAA